UCUCAAGAUCAGCAUGCUGCAUAAGGCUAAGCCAGCACUGCAGCAGCAUUCGUGAUCACUGAUGAUGGUGGCGCAAAGCAGUUUCCUCCCGAUGCUUGAAAGCCUAGGCCUGAGACGAAAGUGACGGGUCUCCGGCCAGUCGGGCUUCCAGAGCACCGUCAGGAAUGAUGGGGCGCGUGGGGGCCCGGGGUCUCUUUGGGAUCCUGGGCCGCGUGCAGAAUCUGCGGUGUACUUCUCACCACUCAAAUGCUGGCACAGGGCAGAUAGCUUCAGGGUUGGAGAGAACUGUUGCAAACGCUAGUGGUGAUUUGUCGGGGUUGUUUUGCAGAGAGUUGAGUAGCGGGUCAGUUUCUGGUCGGAGCAUCAGGGUCAGAGGGUUUGCAAGUUUGGCUGCACUGAAAGACGAGAAGGAAGCAUGGCGAUCAGAGAUGGAGAAGAUUCGCAACAUUGGCAUUAGCGCCCACAUCGACUCUGGCAAGACCACGUUGACUGAGCGGAUUCUAUUCUAUACGGGGCGGAUCCAUGAGAUUCAUGAGGUGAGGGGAAAGGACGGGGUGGGGGCCAAGAUGGACAGCAUGGAACUAGAGCGGGAAAAGGGGAUCACGAUCCAGUCUGCCGCAACGCACUGCACGUGGGGCGACAACCAGAUCAACAUCAUCGACACACCAGGUCACGUGGACUUUACGAUCGAGGUGGAGCGCGCUCUGCGCGUGCUGGACGGCGCGGUGCUGGUACUUUGCAGCGUGGGGGGUGUCCAGUCGCAGUCCAUCACCGUGGACCGUCAGAUGAAACGCUACAGCGUGCCACGUGUCGCCUUCAUCAACAAACUAGACCGAGCGGGGGCGGACCCCUGGAGGGUCAUCAACCAGCUCAGAACGAAGCUCCGGCACAACUGCGCGGCGGUCCAAGUGCCCAUUGGCCUCGAAAACGAGCUGGAAGGUCUUGUCGACCUCAUCGACAUGAAGGCCUACUCGUUCGACGGCGCGAGCGGGGAGACGAUCCGGGAGCGGCCCAUUCCGGCCGGAAUGCAGGCGCUGUGCGAGGAGAAGCGGACGGAAUUGAUUGAGAAGCUGGCGGAGGUGGACGAGGACAUGGCGGAAAAGUUCUUGGGGGAGGAGAAGGUUGACGCGCAUAUGCUGCAGGCCGCAAUUCGGCGGGCGACCCUGAGCCUGGAGUUCACGCCCGUCUUCAUGGGCAGCGCGUUCAAGAACAAGGGCGUGCAGCUGUUACUGGACGGUGUCAUCGACUUUCUGCCGGCGCCCACCGAGGUGGAGAACCACGCGCUGGACCAGAACAGGGAGGAAGCCAAGGUUCCGCUGACGAGCUCCCCGAGCGGUCCACUUGUGGGCCUGGCGUUCAAGCUGGAGGAGGGGCGCUUCGGUCAGUUGACGUACAUGCGCAUCUACGAGGGCAGUCUGCGCAAGGGCGAGUUCAUCACCAACUGUGUGACGGGGAAGAAGGUCAAGGUGCCGCGCCUGGUGCGCAUGCAUUCUGACGACAUGGAGGACGUCAGCGAGGCGCGGGGGGGGGACAUCGUGGCCAUGUUUGGGGUGGACUGCGCGAGCGGGGACACGUUUACCGACGGUUCUGUGAAAUACACGAUGACGUCAAUGAACGUCCCGGACCCGGUCAUGUCGCUGGCAAUCACGCCGACCAAUCGGGAAGGAUCUACGAAUUUUUCGCGCGCGCUGAAUUGGUUCCAGAAGGAGGACCUGAGCAAGAGUUUUUCGCGCGCGCUGAACCGGUUCCAGAAGGAGGACCCGACGUUCCGCGUGAGCCUGGACCCCGACAGCGGGCAGACCAUCAUCAGCGGCAUGGGCGAGCUGCACCUCGACAUCUACGUCGAGCGGCUCAAGCGCGAGUACAAGGUGGAAGCGACGGUUGGCAAGCCGCAGGUGAAUUUCCGGGAAUCAGUGACGCGACGAGCCGAGUUUGACUACUUACACAAAAAGCAGUCGGGCGGGCAGGGCCAGUUCGGGCGGGUUAUUGGAUAUUUGGAGCCGCUUCCGCGAGACCACCCCAAGAAAGUCGAGUUUGUGAACGAAAUCAUCGGGCAGGUGCUGACGCCAUCCUGGGUGGCGGCUUGCGAGAAAGGGUUCCUGGAGGCGGCCAACUCCGGCACGCUGAUCGGGCAUCCGGUGGAGUAUGUGCGGAUCUGCUUGACGGACGCGGCGUCACAUGCGGUGGACUCCAGCGAGCUGGCGUUCAAGCUGGCGUCAGUGUACGCGUUCCGGCAAUGUUACUCGAAAGCAUCGCCCAUCAUUUUGGAGCCGUUGAUGAACGUGGAGAUCAAGGCGCCCCAGGAGUUCCAGGGCGCCGUGGUCAGCGGUGUGAAUAGGCGGAAGGGCCUCAUCGUCGGCAGCGAAACGGAGGGCGACGAUGUCGUCAUCAAUGCGCACGUUCCGUUGAACAACAUGUUUGGCUAUUCGACCGACCUCCGGUCGACCACACAAGGCAAGGGCGAGUUUACGAUGGAGUACAUGGACCACCAACCGGUAACGAGGGACGUUCAAGAGCAGCUUGUGAAGGCGCACUCUCAAGCAAGCGAGUGA